AUGGGACCGGAUGAAGGGAUGGAUGAGGAAAGGAAGAAAGAAGAGAAGGGGGAUGUUGAAAUGGACAAUCAAUUGAAGCCCAAGCACUGCGAAGGAUCAGCCUUCUUGCUUUCAGGUACUUCUGGCAAGACAACACUACGGCCAAUGAUUUCGUGGCAGUUCGAGUUGGCCUCUCGUAUUACGAUGCACCCUGAAAAUCGUUCGGACAUACGCAGCGAGAUCGACUUUGUUCAGAGCCACAAAUUGUGCGCCGAGUGUUUGAAGAUAGUGGAAAGUGGUCUCAUUGCCAAAUCUAACGCAUCCUCUUCCUCACACCGACGUCAAGACUUGCCUCUAUUCACAAUGGCUUCAUCAUCAGGGCACACUACUCCCAUGGAGGAGAAGAAUUACACCUUCUCGCCAUCGUCGCAGGUCCCUCACUUUCUGCGAAACCACUACAGAGCCUCAAGCUCGCAGGGCCACGGCCGAAUGCCGGGCUCUGGCUCGAGCAGUGCCGCCUCGUCGGUCAUUCAUCUGCCCCUUUCGCAAUCGCGAAACACGGGUCUCAACGAAAAGAUGGCUCCUUCUACAGCCAUGCAGACCAUCCCCGUCUUUGGCGGCGAUAGUCCUGCUCGCACCAGCAACAACCCAUCUGCUAGCGCCAGCAACAAUCCAUCUGCUGCGUCCUCCAUCACUGCAGCUGAGAAGCCAGCCAAGGAAGGUAGGAGGUACAACCUUGCUUUCACCUUUUUUGGACUGCUUUCCAUCAUCCUUGCCGGAGUUGUGAUCGCUUUCGGCUGGAUCAACACCCCUCAACAGAAGCUCUGCCUUGCCUUCGAGGAUGACUUCACAGGACGCACAACUCUCAACACGGACAACUGGGAGUACGAAGUUAGAACCGACGGCUUCGGAAACAAAGAAUUCGAGAUGACCACUACGCAGGCCAACAACUCCUUCAUCGAAGAUGGCAAGCUCUACCUUGUGCCCACGCUCACCUCGGACGAGACCGGUGAAGCCGCGAUUACUGGCAACUACACCUAUAGCCUCAACUCCACCUGCACCGCGUAUCCUCAGACCAGCACUGCCUGCGAGAGUGUAUCCAACUCGACGUUGGGCCAGGUUCUGCAGCCAGUCAAAUCGGCAAGGAUCCGCAGCAAGGCAUCGAUCAACCGCGGUCGUAUCGAAGUGCGGGCUCGACUGCCCGCAGGUGACUGGAUUUGGCCCGCUAUCUGGAUGAUGCCCGAGGACUCUGUGUACGGCGACUGGCCGCGAAGUGGCGAGAUCGACAUGAUCGAGUCCAAGGGCAACGUCGUCGAGUCUCGCAAGGAUCGUUACCAGAACUCGGUCACCUCGACCUUGCACUGGGGGCCCUCGGCGGCUACGGAUCGCUGGGGUCUCACCACCUCCAACUUUUCCGUUCCGCGCGACUACUUUUCCGAGGAUUUCCACACUUUUGGUCUCGACUGGACUCCCACCACCUUGACCACUUGGGUUGACAAGCCAAGCCGUACCAUCAUGAAGCUCGACAUGAACCGCGACUUCUUCACCUUCAGCAAGCUCUCGCACUUGCUCUGGAACGGUACCGCCAUCGACGACCCCUGGGCCGGCAAGAAGGGCGCUCCCUUCGACCAGAAGUUUUACCUUAUUCUCAACGUCGCUGUUGGCGGUACCAACGGCUACUUCUCGGAUGCCGACCGCAACAAGCCCUGGCAGAACGCCGGCUCGAACCCAGUCUCUGACUUUUGGGCCGCCCGCUCGCGCUGGUUGCCCACAUGGCCCACCGAUCCCAAGAAGCGAGGAAUGGCCAUCGACUCUGUCAAGAUGUGGCAGCGAUGCUAA